AUGGUUUGGAGCGCCAGAGCAAGCCACAGCCGAGGGAAAGCCGCCGCUGCCGCCGCCGCCACCACCGCCGUCAUCGUGAACCGCCGAGGAUUAGCGCAGCUGACAAAAUGGUGCACACUUUUCAUCAUUUUGGACUCUACGAGCGUUGGAAGUGGGCUGAUCACCUCCAGCACCGUUGGUGCAUGGCUGGAAAGCGAACUUCCUAGUAGUCCAUCCACAGUGGCUAGUCAUCUAGCGACCGUAACCACAGUUCCUUCCGAGCAGCCCGAGGCACCAAGGUUCGAAGCGCUGGUCCAGGACAGCCCGUUCAGUGCGACCGGCUCGAGGGGCAAAACGCUUCCUUUGCUGGGCUCCGGGGCACUCAAAGAAACGGCUGCUCCUGCCGUCGGCCAGGAUGGACCGAUGGGUAACGCCCUGGCGCGGAUAGGAACCAGCAGCAACAACACGAGCGGUGCAAUUAAAAGCGCCAGCUUGAACGGUAGCAGUAGCAGACGUAGCAGUAAUAGGAUAAGUAAUGAUACUAGCAUAAGCACCGGUGCCGGUGACAGGCUCGCGCUACUGAGGAAGCUCCCGGAGCUCAACGAGACCACCAGCACCAUCAAACCGACGGCCAGCGUCAAUCCCGGCAUCGAUGAGACAUCCCACUCGUCGGAGAGCAAUCGGUACAGCAAGCUGAGAAGCGAAAAUCUGAUCGGUCUGGUGCUGCCCAAAACCGGGCUCAGUAACAGGCAGCAGCCAUUGCCGUCCCCGGGAAGCGGUGGUGGCAAUGGCACGCUGAAGCCCACCACCGCCCGUGCUGCGACCUUCGUGGACCAGGAUCCGAGCAGUCACGUCAACCGGCUGGGCGAGGACGACAACGGACUCCUGACCGAGGGCAACUUCAGCAAGAUGUACUUCGUAACCAACAACCACACCGUUAUCGCGUCACAGGUUGGAUCGAUAGCGGUGCUGCCCUGCGGGGUACGCAACAUUGGCGAGGGGGUCGUGUCAUGGAUACGGCGGAAGGACUACCACCUACUGACGAUCGGUGUUACCACCUACAGCAGCGAUGAGCGAUUCAAUAUUAUACACUCGGAGGACACGGAGGAGUGGCCGCUCCAGAUCAAGUACGUACAGCUGCGGGACGCCGGCCCGUACGAGUGUCAGGUUUCCACCCAUCCACCGACGUCGAUCUUCGUCCAGCUGGAAGUAGUCGAGGCGAAAGCGGAAAUUUCCGGACACUCGGAGAAGUAUCUGAAGCCCGGAUCGAUGCUCCGGCUGACGUGCCGCAUCCUGCAGAGCAACGAGCCGGCCCUCUACUUGUUCUGGUAUCACAAUAAUCGCAUGAUCAACUACGACACCCAUCGAGGCGUGAAUGUGUCAACGGAGCCGGACAAUCGCUACUCGGAACUGUUCAUCGCGCACACCAACACACUGCACUCGGGAAAUUAUUCGUGUGUCUCGAACAACGCGGUCGCCGCCUCGACGCUGGUGCACAUCCUGAACGGUGAAAAUCCGGCCGCGAUGCAGCACAACGACCACGGAAACGCCGUGCUGGUGGUGUCCCACAUUCAUCUGCCGCUGACAAUUGUAACAUAUCAGGCCAUCAAUUUUAUCUUAAAUAUGCACUGA